AUGCCUUCCGCUGGAGCCUCUGUCUAUGUCACCGACGACUUCUCUGAGCCCAUGAGCGCUCAGCACAACUUCGUCAACAACUUCGACCUCAACCACCCCGAGGAUGCCAUGUCCGCCUACCAGAGAAUCAUGCACGAGCACACCAAGCGCCAGCUCAGCACUGCUACCAACUCUGCACGUCGACGAACAGGCAUGACUCAGCCUACCGAUGGCGAGCGCGCCGAGUCCGUCUCAUCGACCGACUCGUAA